AUGAAUUUGGAAGGGGUAGGCGAUGCGGUCAUGUGCCGAGCAUUCCCUGUGACGCUGGCCGGCCCAGCGAUCCGAUGGUUAAACGCCCUCCUACAAGGAUCCGUCACGACCUUCAUGGACAUCUUCCAAAGCUUUCUAGCUCGGUUCACGACACGCAUAGCCAAGGCAAAACACCCGAUCAACUUGCUGGGGGUCACCCAAAAACCUGGAGAGCUGACCAGAAAGUUCUUGGACAGAUUCAACGACGAAUGCUUGGAAAUCGAUGGCCUCACCGACUCAGUUGCCAGUCUCUGCCUGACGAACGGCUUGCUAAACGAGGAUUUUAGAAAGCACCUCACCACCAAGCAUGUCUGGACCAUGCAGGAAAUUCAAAGCGUGGCCAAGGAAUAUAUCAACGAUAAGGAGGCCCCUCAGGCUACUAGAUACAGGGAAGCUCUCAGGGACGGAACCUCGGCAAAGCAACCAAAACAACUCCCACAGGUAGGGAGGUUCACAAACUAUACGCCACUCACGGCGCCGAUAGUGGAAGUAUAUCGGCAGAUCGCGGACAAGGAAAUUCUGUCCAAACCUAGACCAUUGAAAGAGAGAACAGGUGAAAACAAAAGCCUUUACUGUGAUUACCAAAAGGGGUUUGGUCACAAAACCCAGGACUACUUCGAUUUGAAAGACGCUUUAGAGCUGGCCAUCAGGGAAAGGAAGUUGAGUGAGUUCUCCCGACUCAUCCGAGAACCAAGGAGACGAGAGCGAGAACGCUCCGAAGAGGACCGCAGCUGGACUGUCAAACCAAGACAAGAACCUACAGGGAACGUCGACAACCCCCGGUCAACAUCAUGGUCGGGCGUGAUAACCCCCCGAAGUCCAGAUCAGCGGCAAGAAAGGAUAUCUGGGUCCUAUCCAUCUCGACAGGAGGUCCCGCCAUUCCGAACAGAGAAUCUCCCAUGA